AUGUGUUUUGCGAUAUAUGUUUGAGAGACUCCGGCCGUCGCGCUACAACCUUUCAGUCGGUCUCAAGCAGUCACGGCGUAAAGCUCAAAAUGUGCGGUUCGAUUGUUAAAAUUUGGUUUAUUUAGAGUUUUUUGGACAUCCAAUACACAUUGCACCACCAACCGAGAAAGAGUUGCAAUUCGGACAGCUGUGGAAGGGAGUGAUUCGUAUGAACAGGUGUAGGAAAGUGGUUUGAAUUCAGAGGCCAAAUCUGUUGAUCGGGUCAGAUCGGAUGUGGUUUAUUCGAAGAAAAACGCGAUCAAAACAGAUAUUGCUGCGAAGAUUGGCAUCGUAGUUGAAUGCGACACCGAAAAAGAAAAAGAAGAAAAAUUUUAAAACCUUUGGGCCGACGAAAAGAAGAAUUUUAUUUCAUCGACAAGUGUUUCGGAAUCUUGAAAAUUGUGCAAUUUUAGUUAUGUUCUAAACUCAACCUUAAAAGGCAGUGAUUGAAGCUUUCUCACGAAGCAAACAAACCAAGUGACAAAAUCGCAGCAUCAUCACCCAGCAAGAAACAACAACCAUUCCUUGGGAAUUCCUGCCAAACAAAAGAACCCGGGAAAGGUCUGGAUUUUACGGUUGGAAAUUCCCUUCUGCCAACUCAAGGAUCCCAGCUCGCUCUCAUAUGUGAACCGAUGCAUGAUCUAAUUUAUUGCUUCACUCGAGAAGGGUCACACCGGAGUUCAAAGGACUCGAAAGGCAGCCUACCUGGAGUCAUGCAAGCGAGUGGAACCGUCCUGAAAUAACAAAGCCAGUCGCAUUGUGUACCGUCAUUGCUCGCUCGUAAAAAGGACGACGACAGCGGCGCAGCGACCUCAGGAAGGUCAAUAAAAUAUGUCACCGCUCUAUCAGGUGACGAUGAUCCAGGGUAGCUCGGUUCGGGAAGACAUUUCUUCGCCGUUUGGCAACAGGGAGGAAGCCACACGGACGACGACGACGACAACAACGAUUAUCUGCUGAGCAGCCAAAUUGCCCAUGCUUGUCGGGGUGCAAUCGUUCCUUUUUCGGACCGCUCAAAAUUUCUGGACUUUUGUGGAACAAAUUAUCGAAAGGUAGUAGGAAGAAAAACCUAGUUUCGAAACGGAUAAAAAGUGCUUAUUGUGAUUAAGUUUGAGGAAAAAAAUAUCAAAACAACUUUCGGGAUUCUUGGUAGUGCGUAGAAUAAAUAAUCGAGCUGACAACAAAAAAUCGUCGUGAAUUUAAGUUGGUGUCUGAAAGCAAGGUCAGCCACUUGUGGAAAUUCCAAUAAAUUAAGGCCGAACAAAAUUACAAUUAACUCGAUUUGUGUUUCGUGUUAUCAUCACUGAGUUGGAACAAAUAUUUUGGAUAUUUUGCUGUAGUGAACGAUAGAUACCCAGUGAAUGUCGACGUGGUUUUCUGUGUUUAGUGUGUGAAUGUUCGCCGUAAGCAACCACAAGCGAAGAAAGGAGACCAAAAGUUACGUAAAAGGAUUUUAAAACAUUUCUCCUCCGAGGAAGCGUUUCUAGUUGAAGACCGAGCGACAUCGUCUUCUGAACGAGACCCUCCGCAAACUGUCGCGCAUGCAGCUGCCUGACUAAAGGCCAGAUGAAAGAAAAGUACGAAAUCAUGACGGACCAGGAGCACUACAGUCUUCGGUGGAACAACCACCAGAACCACAUUCUGCGGGCGUUCGACACUCUGCUGCAAACCAAAACUCUCGUUGACGUCACGCUGGUCUGUGCCGAGACGAGCAUUCGGGCGCACAAGGUCGUCCUAUCGGCGUGCUCGCCCUUCUUUCAACGAGUGUUCUCCGAAACUCCCUGCAAGCAUCCUGUGAUAGUGUUGAAAGACUUCCGCGGAUGGGUGGUGCAAGCGAUUGUCGAUUUUAUGUACCGCGGUGAGAUCAGCGUUCCCCAGGAACGGCUCUCGGUGCUUAUUCAAGCAGGAGAAUCUCUUCAAGUUCGUGGACUAGUCGAUCACCCCGUAGCAGGAAACACACCGACUCCAGCGCAGUCGCCAGAGGACUUUAGCCUACUGGACUCCUCACUAAUAUCGCCAACUUCGCCGUCACUUCCGUCGCCAAACUUCAACCACCACCAUGCCCGCCACUCGCACCCGAACCCCGCGGCGACGAGCAUGCUGAGCGCCAGCACACCAAAGCUCCUGCUGCCACCGCAGGUGUUCGCCGACCCUGCUCUGAACCUGACCAACCCGGAUCUCUGCACAUCUCCAAUGCCACGCCGAAAGCAGGCUCGCCCAAGACGCCGAUCAGGUGACUGUGCCCCUCAAGAUCUCAGCAGUAAACCCACCAGCCCUGUUCCGCCCUGUAUCGACGAUAAGGAGGACGAAGACAACGAAAUUGACCGCGAAGAUGACGAUGAACAGGACGAUGAGGAUGACGAUAUCAAAGAAAUCAUUCGGAGAAGCGAAAGUGAUGACAAAAAGGAUUCCAGCCCACAGAAAACGCCAAGCAAAGAGGAAGACAACGAAAAAGACAGCAAAAACAACUCGACCGCUUCUACGGCCAGUAUUUCCGGAAUGGAAGGUCCCGAAAACCUGUGCAUGAAGAAAUCCUCAUCCUCCAGUAGCAGCUCAAGCAGCGGAAACAUUUCCUCCCAUUCGCACAAGGACGGCAGCUCUCGGCUAUCGGAUCCAUCGAGCUUGAAGGACAGCCCCCCGGAACCCACAAUUGGUCGACUCUCGUUGAAAGACAUCCGGCAUCUGAAUCGCUCUUCGCUGGUCCGUUCGAUGAGUUCCCUAUCGCCUCCACCUUCGUUUCACCUGAACAACAACCCUCCGUCGCGCCUCUCCCUCUCGGAGAAACGAGUCAAACUGGAAGACCGCGAUGACGAUCGGCUCGGCGACGACGACGGGUCCCAUUUUUUAGAACACAUGGACCUGGCCUUGGCCGCCCAUCAGCACCCGUUGGCGCAUCUUUCGCACCGGAAUUCCUCGCCCCAGCUGCGACCACCGGGCCUCACACCGGACGGCGACAACAACAACAGCAGUAGCAGUAAGAACAACAACAACAACAGUGGAUCCGGCCCGGGGGGAAUGGGAAACGGAUCCAGCCGGGAUGGCGGCAGUGGUGCCGGCGGUUCGCUCGGAAUGGGCCCCGGCAAGGAGGGCCGACUGGGCCCGAAGGAUUUUCUGCACAGCCCGACGCUAAAUUUUCCGCCGUUCUUCAACCAAUCGGACGGCGGUGGGGCGCCGAGACCGCCGCACUCGCCGCUGUCCUUUCCGCACAUGCCGUCGGUUUCGUCGCUGACGCUGACACCGCCGCACAUGUUUGGUCUGGACUCCCCGCUCGGCCUGUUUCCCCCGGGGAUGGACCCCGGUAAAAUGUACAGCCCGCUGCUGGAAAUGUCCGACCCCCGUGGAAUGCACCACGACGGCCCACCGUUCCAUCUGAAGAAGAAACUGAAUCGACCGAAGGGACAGCAUUCGGCACCCCGCGGAGGCCCACCCCGGUCCUGGACCAACGCCGAACUGACCGAAGCGCUGCAGCACGUGUGGAACAAAAAGAUGACCACCAGCCAGGCGUCGCGGAUAUUCGGCAUCCCGUACAACUCCCUGCUCAUGUACGUCCGGGGAAAGUACGGCAAAAGUCUCAAGCUGGAACAGCUGCGAAAGGACUGCAUCAGUGGACCCCCGAUCGAGCUGCUCCAGAUGGGAAUGAACAACAACAACAAGGACAAAAAGGACGGCCAGGACAAGGACAUGCCGCUGCAUCACCCGGGCGGUAAUCCGAACGGAAGUGGUAACGGAAGCGGGUCGGACCAACGGGGCCCCCGAUCGGCGUCCUCCGAACCGGAACUGCUGUCCAGUCCCAAUGCCCUGUUUAAUCCGUUCCCGCCCGGGUUCUAUCCGGACUUUCCCGGUGGCUUUCCGGGACUGCCCCUCAGUAUGCUGAAUCUCCUGCCUCCGGAUCGGCACCAUCCCGGUGCGCACCAGCUUCCGAUGAGCAUCGACGAGGACUGCAAGAGCGACCGAUCGAAGCAGUCCAUGGACGAUGACUUCCCACAACCGUUGGCACUGAAUCGGUCCUCCGCCCUGAGUGGAUCCGGGGCGGGUAGCGGCGGUUCGGAUCGGGGGUUGGAUGGACCCCCCACCGACAGUCGACGGGAGAUAUACCAACAGAACGGACAGGACUAAUAUAUGUACUUUCUUGACCGACUCAAGGCAAUGCCGCGGUAUCCCAAGUGGGUAGGUUGAGAAAGGUAGCGAAAGGGAAUCGAGAGGCGAAAGCGCGGGAGAAACAGAGUGAAGAGUGAGAAAAGCAACAAACAACUUUCGGCUGUGUGAUACAAAUUGAUGACGCGAUGAACGUCGACAAAGCUCCGAGCAAAGUGCGCGCCAGCCCCUACUUUAUCGAUGUGGUUGGUGUCCGGGGAGUGAGAAAGCUGACCGCCAGUACGGUUGACGAUGACGGCUGGAGCGAAUGAGCCGCUGCAUGUCGACUAAGCUUCGGCGGCGGCGGCAGCAAAAGCUGCACAAAUUAAACAGAGAGCAAAAACAACAAACGAAAACGUGAUAGCGGUUAGGUUUUAUGUUAGUUCGAAUGAUUCCUAAUGAUUUUAUUUCUUUGUUUUAUAAUUGGUAUAUUAGUUCAAUCAUUAUUUAAAUGCAAUGUUAUAGUAGAACGAAUGCAAUAUUUUAUUUUUGUAAUGAGAAACUGUAAAAUAUUUUAUUUUAUUACGAUUAGUGAGCAAGCAAAAAUAUGCAAGUUAAAUCCUUUGGGGCAAUAUUUAUACUCGAAAAAUUGUGCGAAUAGAGCAAAUUAGGUUUAGUUUCGUGUCUUUUAUGAUAAGUUCAGUGAGAUGGUGCUUUAUGGAAUAUAAGUUUUAGUUCUUACUUGCGAAAGCCAAACACACCGACCGAUAACUAAAAGAGAAAAACAAAUGCAGUGAAAGCAACACAAUGACAGGUCUCUUUCAGCAAGCUGAAGAGAACAUCCACAAACACGAAAAACAAUAGAACUACUAAACGUAAGAAAUGAACAAACGUGCUUCCUGAGUAUAUAAGUUAAAGUAUAAGUUUUAAAAUCCAAUCUACAGUGAAACUAUAGGCAGAGAAACGAAUGCGUCACAGAUCUAAUUGAGAUAAGUAGCUGGAAAAUAGAUGGUACAGGACAACCACACACAAACACACAUAAACAAACGAAAGAAGGAAUCUACUUAACUACGUAUAACAAUAGCUAAUUUAUUUAUGAAAUCAUAACUAAGUAAACGCAAGCAUCACACAACGCUGAUGUCAUAGUAGGAGCAGUAUAUUUUGGUUACGUUUAGUUUCCAUUGUAGCAUAAUUUUUAUUUUUGUUAAACAAUUUGAUAGUGGAUAUCAUUUCGAGCUGCUAUGAUUUAUGUAUAUUCUAUUAUUUACUCUUUUCCGCACCACCAGCGUACUUCCAAGAAGAAGCAAACGGGAAAAAACAACAAACGAUACAGUAUUAAUCAAAUAAAUACAGCAAUUUUACACAACUUCGA